AUGUCUGGUGUUCCGUUCACGGUCAAGUCAGUGUAUGAAUACACAUCUGAGCACGACGAUGAUCUUAAUUUUUCCGUCGACCAGAUCAUCAAAGUGAUCGCGGAGGAGGAUGAAGACUGGUACUUUGGAGAAUACGUGGAUGAUUCUGGUUCCAAAAGAGAGGGCAUUUUCCCAAGGAAUUUUGUAGAGAGAUAUGAGCCGGCUACACCCCCAAGACCUGCAAGACCAUCAAAAUCUAGAAAGGAACCAGAACACUCCAUUCCUGUUGCUGCUGCUCCCUCUGCUGACCCAAUCCCCGCACCUGCUCCGGCUUCCUCUCAGAUAGUCAACGAAAGUCCAGAGCCAGAACUGAAGCAGCUGUCAAUUCACCAAAAGGCUGCGGAAUCUCUGCCUCCGCCUGUUCCAAACCCCGUCAAAGCUACUCCUGCUCCAGCCCCCGUUCCAGUUGCACCAUCUUCACCCAAACUAUCUAAGGUGCCAGAACCUGCAGAAAAACCGGUAUCUAAAGCUCCACCUCCAGCAAUUGCAGAAAAACCCACCGCGUCCUUCAAAGAUCGUAUUGCCGCUUUUAAUAAACCUGCCGCCGCUCCCAUUACCCCGUUUGACCCUAACAAACCCGCUUCGUCCGCUUCGUUUAUCAAGAAACCUUUCAUUCCUCCUCCCCCGAGUAGAAAUGCGUAUAUACCACCACCCAUAGAGCAACCCCAGAGGGUAUAUAGGCGCGAGGAAGACCCUGAUAUUGUCGAACGUACCAGCCAUGACAGGCCCGCAUCAGAACGACCUGUCAUAUCUGCGGAUACACAUAAUGACACUGAAGACCAACCAAAGCCGACAAGUUUGAAAGAGCGGAUUGCAUUGCUGCAAAAACAACAGCUUGAGCAGGCUGCACGGCAUGCAGAUGCAGCCCAUAAGAAAGAGAAGCCUAAAAAGCCCGUAAAGAAGCGCGUGGAGUCUCGGGAGCGGGUGGAACAUCCUAGCUCUGUCCAAGGUGUUGAGUUAGAAAGGACAGAGACCUCUGAAACGGCCAAGGAUCCCAAUGCAGUGGCUGCCCGCCAUGAAGGUAGCCAUUCACCCGAAAGAGCAGGCUCUCCCUCCCAGCCCUCAAGGGAACUCACUAGUGAUACCAACGAUGCGGAUAAUUCCGGUGCAGGGGAUACUGAAGACGCUGACGAAGGUUCUACCGGAAGAGAGGAUGUGGACGAGCCAAAUCGGGGGCGGAAUAACCGGGAUUCAUCGGAUAGAAAAAGGACCGUAGAGGGUGAUAUUGUGGGUGAAGAAGCAGGGGAAGGCCAGGAGGACGAGGAGGAUGAGGAGGACGAGGAAGAAGAAAUAGACCCCGAGAUUCGACGACGUAUGGAAAUUCGUGAACGAAUGGCUAAGGUGAGCGGAGGUAUGGGAAUGAUGGGGAUGUUUGGUCCUCCAGGAGGACUACCCCCUGCCGGCGGGUUUCGCAAGUCGAAACCACUGCCACCUGCUGAAGCUGAGCGGAAGGCUUCUGAUGACAGCCAGUAUUCUUCCCACACGGUACACGCUCCCCCUGUCCAACUAAUGGCCUUACCGGGAAUGCACGCCAAAAAAGUUGCGGAACCGCCUACGCUUCAUUCAGAGCCAGGCGAUGAGGAUGAACCCCUACCAACUCCUGUUCCAAAAACUGCUGAGCCACUAGUCGAGGAGCCACAAAACAUUGAAUCACCACGGCCCUCUCUAGAUCGGGCACCGCCCCCACCUCCACCUCAAGCCCGACUUCCACAAGGACUUCCAUCACAUACCUCAAAGUCUGUUCCUCCGCCACUUCCAACAGAGCCCCCUGCUCCCCCCGUUCCCGUUGAAUCUCGACCUCCACCAACACUUCCCUCGAUGUUGACUGCCUCGCCAAGCCUUGGAAGCGAAUCUGACGACGAACUCUCCGCUCCCCAAGCCAGUGGUCAAAAAUCUCCUGACACUGGUUUCGAUGUUUCAGACCGGGACACCGUGCCGCAUUCACCGAGGCAACAGUUCGCCAGCCAUAGACCUCCGCCAAUACCCCUUGCUAGCCCCCCACUACCCUCGCCAGGGCACAGCCGUCCACCCCCUCCUCUGCCACCUAUUCCUUAUCGCAAAUCUAAUCCUGACAGUAAAAUGAGCAUAUCCACACCAACCGCCCAGUCAGGGAACAACUGCGAAGAAGAAGUUACUGAGUAUGAUGGGGAUUAUGACACAGACAUUGCAUCGGGGGUCAAGCACAAAGAUGCUUUGAAAGCUCAUGGACGCGAUUCUAGCCUUGAUGAAGGCACCAUUACCGAUGAAUACUCCGCACAGUCUCCCAGAAGCCCUCAGGAUACACGGCCUCCUAUCCCAUCAACUACAGCUCCCCGUGCAGCUCCACCUCCUCCCCCAAUGCAACCUCCGAAGAACGCACGAAAAUCGGCAGACAUCCCUAGGGGGCCUCCCCUACCAGUCCCAUCUGCUAAGGAUCAAACUGCAGAUGAAGCAUCAGAUGAUAGUGAUGAAUAUGAUCCUUUCCGUCAUAGUGCUAGCCCACCCGCACCUUCUACCGGGCCCCCCAGUAUACCCCCAAGCAUACCUUCUACUGCACCGCGAGUCGAAUUGAAUCCACCAAUGCGAAUCCCUCCAGAGGAGGAUGACGACGAUGACCUGUACUCGGCGACACUCUCCCGUCCUCCACCCCCUGCUGAACGGGCUGCCCCGGGACCUCCUCCAUCACGUAACCCGCCAAGACAGUCCAUGGAUGCCCUCAGAUCCACUACAAGCGUUCGCAGAUCUAUGGAAGUUGCCCGACCUUCAGGGGAUCAAGGAUAUAUUGCGAGCGACGUGGAUUUAGGAGCAAGCUCACUCUGGUGGACACAAGCAGACCUGCCUCCGCCCGCGUUCCAGAAUCGGCGUGACGUCCUCUUUGAAAUGGAACAGUCAACCCCAACAAACCGCGGCGGCGACACUACAGUCUCCAAAGUCGUCUACGUGCUCUUCAUGGAUUACUCACAGACCAUAAUAACUGUACGCUUCAACUCAAAGAACCCCGUCGACGCUGUUCUCGAACAGCACCACGAACCACCACCUCAACGCCUGCGACAGGACCAACUCGAAAGCGCCCACGAACAAUUCGGCACCCGCAUAUCUGACGCCGUAACGGCAAAACAAAACACCAUUGUUGCCGAUGGCACACCACACGGCCUCAUUCUGUUCCUUUUAACCCCACUCUCAGAAGCGCUCCCCCCAGUCGGGACUCGCGCCUACGGCGCCCUUGUCUACGCCAAUCUAGCCAACGCUUCCGUGCAGCAAGUCGAUGAGAUCAGAGCGGGCGACAUUGUUACGUUCCGCAAUGCGCGGUUCCAGGGUCACCGUGGCACAAUGCAUCAGAAGUAUAGUGCAGAUGUUGGCAAGCCAGAUCAUGUGGGUGUGGUGGUUGAUUGGGAUGGAACGAAGAAGAAGAUACGAGCGUGGGAUCAGGGGAGGGAGAGCAAGAAAGUUAAGAUUGAAAGUUUUAAGUUGGGUGAUUUGAAGAGUGGAGAGUGUAGAGUUUGGAGGGUGAUGCCGCGAAGUUGGGUGGGGUGGGAUUGA